GUCCCUCCUUGUUGACCUCACCUCACAAAGCAAAUCUGUAGCAAGCUGGUCGCAAAAGUGAUACCGUGUGUUCUCUUCGUCACUCGUUAGACCGACAUCGUUGAGCAGGCCUCACUUCUCGUCUUUCACUUCGACCCCCCUUUUCUUCUAGUUAAUUUUUCCACCGUCAUUUAAUCAUGCAGACUUGGUUGAUACUUCUCCUAGCUGCUGUGGCUACGGCUAUACCGCAGCCGUUGGUUCUCCUCCCACCAACUGCACCUGGCAGCCCGCCCUUCAGAAUCAGAAGGAGUCUUCCUGUCCUCAACAAGAGAGCGAAUAAACUGAUAACAGUCAUCGUCGGCGGCACGCAAGACACGUUCGUUCCGAAUUCGGUCCAGGCAGCUGUCGGUGAUGUUAUUCAGUUUCAAUUUAGCUCGGGUAACCACACCGUUACCCAGAGUAGUGCAGACGCACCAUGCACGCCACUGCAAUUAUCGGACCCUGCCGCGAUCCAUAGCGGUCAUGUUCCGUAUGAGGCGGGCCAGACAACUGUUGGCACCUUCAAUAUGCCUGUGACGAGUACAGACCCGACGUUCUUCUACUGCGCUACUGGGCCGCAUUGCCAAAACGGCCAAAUCAUGGUUCUCAAUCCCUCAAGCGAUGAGCAGAUUCUGACCUAUUCGAAGCUGUCUACGGCUGCGGCUCUGAACGUGGAUGGCGGUGCUGUGUCUGGGGGCACAGUAGGCGAAAUCGCUUUGGAAGCCGCCGCGUUCGAUCCUCCUGUAGCAGAGGCGGCGCCUCCUGGUGAGGCGCCUCCAGAUGCUCCAGCAGAGACUCCAGCAGAGGCUCCUGCAGCGUAAUUUAGGAGGACGUCGCGGCAAACAAAACAACUUAUUCGGGAGCUCAACCAGCUAGAUCACCGCGCAAAGCACGGUCUGCAAAUGAUUGUUUUCAAGACUUAGAUAUUCGGGAAUAGAGGAAAGACCGACUGAGAAAUUCCGAAGGUAUCAAGAGGGAGGAGGAUAUGUGUACAGAGUGUCACUUCUUUCUUCUUGCGUCGUAGGGUAGUAUCUAGCUUCGUGGUUGCAAUUGAGAAUGGACAAUCGGAUGCGUUGACUUUCGCUAGUGAAGCUGCAAUCUCUCGUGGACGGUGAAUAUGUGUCCAAACCCCAGACCAAUUGAGCGAUACUUCGUCUGGUAUACGAAAAGCGAGGUAGCCGAUGCCGAGAUGAUCCAGCUGGCCACCAC